AUGACUUUUAAUUCUUCCACAGGACAAUUGAUAAAUUUAUCACAUAAUCAUAAUUCACACAACGAGAAUCGUAAUUUUCGAAUAAAUUCAGUACUUGGAUUACCAAACUUACUAGGGUUACAAUCAAAUAAUUUACCAAUAUCUCAUUCGAUACAUAAUUCACGUUUAGAUUCACAAUCUAGUUUAACCAUGUCCACAGCAGCGAUGAAUCCAACUACAGUCACAGAUUUCUAUGGUCAGCGAAAUCAACAAUCCAUGAAAUUACCUAUACCACCAUGGUUAACUAAUAACGAAUGGGAUAAGAAACAUUAUGCUGAUCUAAUAUGUAAUUUCAAAUCUCCAUCAAAUUUAAGUGACAAUUUAGUAGAAGCGAACAGAAAUAAUCACAGUUUAUCUGAAUCAUCGUUUGAAGAUACAAAUGAACAUGAUCAAACACAUUCUCUUUUCAAGUGUCUUAAAAAUACGACUGAGUCAACUGGAUCCACUGUUUCAUCGAUGAUUGGCAAUACAAACAAUUCAACACCAGUGUCAUCUACGGCAACACAAAAAACUAAUUCAUCAUUUUCUCCUAGUCGUUUUUUAACUUUAGAUUCAAAUCAACAAAAUCAGGAAAGUACAGGAGAUAAUCACCAGUUGUCGGGCUCUCUAACUACAACCAUGAAUACAAUAACUACUUCUACAGGAGCUUCAUCUAUUCUAAAUGAUGUUCAUAGUAUGAAAAUGAAUUAUUCUCAAUCGGUUAUAGCAAUGGCAGCAAUGGCUGCGGCAGCAUUAGCUACAAACAAUUUUAAAAUGUCAUCAACAUCAUCACCAUGUAAUUCAUUGAUCAAUGGGAUGAAUAUUGGCAGUUGUAUAAACAAUGGUAGUAAUAAUAUUAAUAAUAGUAUUGAUAACAUAAAUAAUAAUACACCAGAUAUUAACUCAAUUAUGAAUGCUGUAGCGUCUGUUAUGGGAUCACAUCUAUUAUACAACAAUAGUAAUGUUAGUAGUAAUAAUAGUAAUAGUAAUCAUAAUGGUAACAACAGUAUGAGUAGUAUGAACAGUCACUCAAUAAAUAAUUGGAAAGCAGACACUUUACAGGUGAUAAAAGAUAAAGAUACAAAGAAAAACAGCAGUAAUACAUCGCCAUCAUCAUCGUCAUCAUUACCAACCAAUUUCAAAUCAUGUCCAAAUCCAUUAUUGUUGCAACCAAAUUUCAGUCAUCAACUUAACAUGGACUCAUCAAAUUUAUUACUGUCAUCAACAUCUCCUACGUCAUCAACGGGAGCGACAACAUCGUCAGAAACAAGUGGAAUCCGACCAGAAGUAGAAUUAAUUGAUAAGUCAUUAUGGGAUAAAUUUCACUGUCAUGGUACCGAAAUGGUGAUCACUAAAAGUGGAAGACGAAUGUUUCCACCAUUUAAAGUGAAAAUUACUGGUUUAGAAAAACGUGCUAAAUAUAUUGUUUUAAUGGAUAUUGUAGCAUUGGAUGAUUGUCGAUAUAAAUUUCAAAAUAAUUUAUGGACAGUUGCAGGAAAAGCUGAUCCUGAAAUGCCUAAACGUAUGUAUAUUCACCCAGAUUCUCCAUCAACUGGUGAACAAUGGAUGCAAAAAAUUAUCUCUUUUCAUAAACUUAAAUUAACCAAUAAUAUUUCUGAUAAACAUGGUUACACAAUACUAAAUUCAAUGCAUAAAUAUCAACCAAGAUUUCAUUUAGUACGAGCUAAUGAUAUAUUAAGAUUACCAUAUUCAAAAUUUCAUACUUAUACAUUUAAAGAAACUCAAUUCUUAGCAGUUACUGCUUAUCAAAAUGAAAAGAUAACACAAUUGAAAAUAGACAAUAAUCCAUUCGCUAAAGGAUUUCGUGAAUCUGGUGGAGGGAGACGUGAUAAAAAGCGAUUAGAUAAUUUAAAAUAUCCAAAUCGACCAAUCAUUCAUAAUUGUGAUGAUGAUCAAAAAAAUGGAACACAUGAAAUUUAUGAAAGUCCUAAUAAUACAUCAUCCGAUACAGAAAAUGAACAUGAAUUUGAUGAUUUGGAUAUGCAUUUACCUUCACAAUUUAAUGAUAAACAUAAUUUAUCCAUGAAAAAAUUAUUACCAUUACAUAUGAAUAGAACAGAAUCAAAAUCUGUUAAACAUUCUAAUAAACGUAAUGGAUCGAAAGGAUUAGUUGAUUUUACUGGUCGAGUUGGAAAAAUACGUCGAACACAUCAACAUAAUCAAUACUUUUAUUCUUCUAAUGAUAAUAUCUAUACAACAGAUUUCUCCGUAAAUAAUGAACAUAAUUUAUAUUAUCCAAAAGGUAUCGACUCAAAACAACAUCAUUCAUCAUCAAUGUUUUUAUGUCCAUCUACAUUAAAAAAUAAAAAUAAUCUAUGUUCUUCACCUUAUACAGAUUUAAAAUGUAAUUCUUUAGGCAAUUUUUCUAAACUCAAUGAAAUUCCACCAAAUGUAACAGUUAUUUCAAGUGAAUCAAUUGGAUAUUUUAAUCAUCCUACUAUUAAUCAACAUACAAUUAUAAAUCAUGAAAAUGCUAAUUAUUUAUCACAAUCUGAAAAAGUUAUUGAUCCGGAAAAAAUUGGAUCAUCUACUCAUACUACUACUACUACUACUACUAAUAAUAAUAAUAAUAUUAAUAUUAACAAACAGUUCAUUUCUAGUCCAUUGAAUAAAUUUCUUUCAAAUUGGACAAAUCAUUUUACAUCACAAUUAAUUCAAAAUCAAUUGGUCGAUCAAAAAUCAUCCAAUUAUUCAGUUUCAUCUGAUUCAUCUUUACCACAGUCAUUCUCAUUAGCAACAACAUCAACAAUACAAAAUUCUUUUCAAAAUUCAAUAAAUUCAAUGCAAUAUUUACAACAAUCCAAUGAAUCAAUGAAUAGAUCACAUUUUAAUUCUAUGAAUCCAUUGUCAAAUUAUACCGCAAAUUUAGCUAUUUACAUGCAACAAUACCCACAAUUUCUAUCACAUAUUUUAUCGUUAUUUCAUCAGAAUUCAUUUCCUUUAGAUACAUCUCAUAGAAAUUAUGUAACUACAUCAAGUCCACAAUUAAAUGAUAAUAAUAUUGUUACAACUAAUCAUUAUGCAAUAAAUCCUAAUUAUAAUUCUACUAUAACUAGUAAAAACAAUAACAAUGAUACUACUUCAUGUAAUAUUGAUGUUAUGAAUGACGAUGUCGAUAUAAUCAUGUCUAAAUCGAAAUUAAAUUCAGAACAACGAUCCCCCGAUUUCUCUAUUGAUGCUCUAACUAGUUUACAACAAAAUUCUAGAUCACCAAAAUUAAUAAAUCAAUCCGUCCCAUCAUCCUCUUCAUCAUCAUCACCAUCACCAUCUUCAUCAACAUCACCCUUUUCUUCGCAUGUAAUUAUCAGUGAAUCAUUGUCUGUGCAGUCAAUCGAUUCAGAUGAUCAGUCAGUUUAUAAACAACUGGGAAGUGAUUCCAUUAAUAAAAUAUCUACAGAGAAAAAGAAUAAAAGAUAAUAAAAAAUUUUUCAGUAAACAAUAACAAUAACAUCAUCAUCGUGAAUAAUAAACAUGAAUUAUAGUUGUUUCUUUGAAUCAUAUGGUCAUUUUAGCUUAUUGUUCAAUGGAUCUAAUAUAAAUGUAUUUAUACAUACAUAAGAGAUGAUAAGAAAAAAACAAACAUGAAUUCUGUGAUUAAAUUACAAAUUUUAAUGCCCAAUCUAUACAUAAUCUUAAUUAAAAUAAAUUGUACUGUAUAUUUUAUUCUUAUCUAAUACAAAAACACACAUACACAACAAAUCUCCAUGACUAUUGUAUAAUUCAGUGAUAUUUAACUUCAUUAUAAUCAUAUUCAGAGUUGUAUUUAUAAUGAUAAUGAUAAUGUUCACAUUAGACUAUAAAUUGUAACAGAACCUAUUCACUGUGAGUAGAAUCAGUUAGAAUUGAUUACACUGAUUUUCCCUUAAAAUAGAAAGAAUACAAAAUAUAGAGAAAAAAGAAUGAGAGAAAAGAAAUAGUCAUAAUAAUAGCAAUAAAACAAACAAAACGAAAUUGAUUCAAACUGUUAUCAUUCCAUUUAUUUACCAGAAUAUUGCAUCAUAUUACUAAAAUAGCAAAUAUAUACACUGAUAAAUUUUUACAUUCGGUGAAAUAUAUAAUUUAUUAGUUAUGCGUAUAUCAUCCACGUGUGUGUAAUGCAUAAAAUUAAAUGUACAGUCAAUAAAUACAUUCCGUCUUAUGGUUGAUUCUAUUAUUACUGGGUUUUUUUCGUGGUUGUUAUCGUCAAUACUACUUAUUAUCAUGCAAUAGAAAACAUUCAAAUCAACUAGUUAGUUUACAAAGUUAAUCUACUUAAGUAUUUAUUCAGUAGUUUGAUUGCAUGAUAACAGUAUCCGUUAACGAUAUAUUGAAAAUUGUAUAUUGUCUAGUAAUAAUAAUACAAAUGAUGUAAUAAUGUCAGGCAUUAUUUGAUUUAUUUAACUGAUAAGCUUUUUAAUGUCUAUCAAUUCGUUUGUUUUUUUAUUUGCUUUUUCUUUCAAACAUACUCUUCUUCAAUAAAAGAUAUCUUGAGUGGUAGUAUUCUACAGUUGACAUUCCUAUGAUUAGUUUUUAUUUCAAAUUUUGAUUGUGUUUUAAUUAUGUUCUUCUGACUUGACCAUUUUGUAUUUAUUAUACUAAAUGAUUGGAGAACGGAAUGAGAGAUAACUUCUUUCUAAUAAAAAAAAACCAAAACAUUUUUAUUUUCCAUUCAGACAUUUAGAACUUUCAUAAUAACAUGAUAUGUAUAAGCAUGUAAUGUACUUAUGAAUAUUGCUAUGGUUUUUCAUUUCCC